AUGGUCCCGCUUGGGCGCCUUCCGGCGCUGCCGCUAGCGCGUGGCUCCACGCGCCGCCGCCUCCUCGCCGCCGGGGCCUCUGCCGCCUCACCGCUCCCAUGGCCGGGCCUUCACACCUGGCGCCGGGCCCCUCCCAGCGACCUCCGCUCGUGGGGCCCCAACGGCCCCUGCGUCCCGAACACGGACAAGGCGGGCGCGCCAGAAGCCGGCGCCGGAGUCGGCGACGGCUCGUCCUUGGCCGAGAUGGGCGCCCUCGUGCUGUCCACCGCCGACCCCCUCGCCAAGGCGCACCUCACCCACGCCGCCUUCUCCCGGUGGGCGGCAGGCGGGCUCCCCGUGGGCCUCGCCCGGGCCCCGGACCACCCCGCCAGGCCGGAAAAGCCCCUCGCGGUAAAUGCUCCAUCCACCUUGUUGCUCUCUUCGUCGAGGCAUUUCAUCGAGCAGGUUGGGUGUGUGGUGCUCUUGCUGCUGCAGGUGACUCAGAAGGAGGUCCCCACGCACAAGGCGAUGGGGGUACCGCUAAACGCGUACAUGCUCCACAACCUGGCGCAUGUCGAGCUCAAUGCGAUCGACCUUGCUUGGGACACUGUGGUGCGGUUCUCGCCGCUCCGGGACACCCUGGGAGAUGGCUUCUUUGCGGACUUUGCGCGUGUGGCUGACGAUGAGAGCCGGCAUUUUCGGUGGUAUUCACAGCGGCUUGCCGAGCUUGGCUUCAGAUAUGGUGAUAUGCCUGUCCACAAUCUUCUGUGGAGGGAGUGUGCAAAAUCCUCAAGUGAUGUUUCUGCACGGAUGGCAGUUAUACCUCUAGUACAGGAAGCUAGAGGCCUUGAUGCUGGACCGAGACUAGUCCAGAAGUUAAUUGGCUUUGCGGACCAUAGAUCUGCAGACAUUGUGGCAAAAGUAGCAGAGGAAGAGCUUGCACAUGUUUCUGUAGGUUUAUAUUGGUUUCUGAAAGUGUGCGAAAUGAUGGGCCGUGUCCCUGGUGCUGCUUUUAGAGAUCUGAUAAAGGAGCAUGAUGUUGUAAUGAGGGGUCCAUUUAACUAUCAGUCUCGUGAUGAAGCUGGUAUACCUCGAGAAUGGUAUGAUGAGACGCUUAAACCUGAAGUUGCAAGCAACCUUUCAGAGGUGCAUGAUAGGCUAGCAUGUGUUAUUGAGAUGGAGAAAGAGAAUGCUAAUUUGAAUGGCUAA